AUGAAUUCUAACAAGACUGCACAAAUUGUUGACGGUACGGAUAAACUUAUCAAACGCAAGAGGCUUAAAGUAGUCAGCGCUUGUGGAGGUUGUCGUAGGAAAAAGACCAAGUGUAAUGGAGAAAGGCCAUGUGCUACUUGUAUAAAAGCUGAUAUAGAGUGUAUCUAUGUCAACAAUUAUAAAAUUAAUCAAGCCAACAACAGCGCUUCGCAGCGCAGCAGAAACAACGAAGCGGGAGUCGCUCAACCAUCACCACCGCUAGUUACCAGUACUGUUUUGUCGGCUUACUCCAACACUUCUGCUUACAAUGCAUCAAUAGCUCAACAAACAAGAAUUGCAGAUGAUCAUCAUCAUGCAAGUAUAUUAACUAUUAAGCCAACCACUGCCAAUAGCAUUCUUGAUAGUUAUAGAUAUAGUAGUGCUAAUAGCAAUAAUAAUUAUAUCCAAUCUAUCGAGGAGAGACUAUGUGCAAUUGAAAAUAUUCUACGAGCAAUGAUCAGUUCGAGCAAUAGCGAAUUUCGUUUUUUUGAUUCUCAACAUCAACAAUUUCAACAAAAGCAAACAAACACCUGCUCCACGCUCACUACUUCCGUGACUUUACCGACGACGAACAAAGCAUUAGCAACACACCCGAAGUUCCUUGAUUCCAACGCUUAUACACUUCAUCAUGGCAACGAUUCAUCCUCCAAUAAGGUAGUACCUUCAUGUGAAACUGCUCCAAGAGUGCAUGUUUCUUAUGCCCAAAAGAGACAGCGACCUACUGAAGACGAGGAUUAUAAUCCGAACGAGUAUGAACAACGUAGGACAAGGCACGGUGAUUACCACAAAAGAACAAUCCAAGAAGAUUCCGGUCACGGGUAUCAUGAUGAGUAUUACCAGCAAUACCAUCACCGUCAACAACAGAUGCUUUCGGAUCUGCCUUCAUCAUCGUCAGCAGCACAGCGCUCAACCGCAACUUCUUCUAUGACUGCUAGCAGUAGCGACUAUCGGCUUCCUCCAUUGCAACCAAGUAAUCAUGAGUCUUCGUCUUCGCCUUCCUCUACAACAUCUUCAAGGAUGCCCGCAGCUAUCCGAAAUCUAUUGAAUGAUGAUAGUGGUGACAGUAACAAAUUGAGCCUAUUUUCUCAACCUAAAAUUAAAGUGUUCCGAGAUAUGUCAUCUGUAAGAACAACAAUAACAACAGCAACAACAAAUAAUAACAAUAGCAGCGUUAGAGAGUCACUGAGAACGGGAUCACAUUCACCGACAGCAACUACUUUACAGUUAUCUUCCUCAGAUGAAGCUUCCAAAUACAAUCAGCACCAUUAUGACGAGUCUUCAUCAACUGACGGAACUACAGCAAAAAGAUCAAUUCAAGAAAACGCAAAGUCAAGAACAACAAUGAAGCAGCACACUUCCGCAUUUUUGCGAAUAACACCAAAUUCCGCUUUCCCGAAUGAUCUUAUUAACAAUAACAACAAUAAUAAUUCUGCAACGACUGCAGCUGGUACUUUUUGA